AUGAAUCAAAGAAAUAACCACAGGGGGAGAGGUUUUAUAGAUCAGCGAGGAGGGAUGGCUAGGGGAGGGAUGGGACGGGGCGGGAAUCGUCAUAAUGCAGGAUCACAUCGAUAUAGCCAAAGAGGUGGUGGCAAUAUGAACAAAUUGAACAAAUCAGAUUGGAGUAGACAAAAUCAGGCAGAUAAUAGCAAAAACAAUCGUCCUGUGAAGGUUUCAUCACAGUCCGUGACGGGCGAUGCUGUGAAGCGUCAGGCUUCAACGGAUCUAGAAAUGGACACUUCUGGACCCUCAUCUAUCAAAUCACUCAAAACUGAACAAGAUACGGAGAAUAAACCAGGGUCCAAAACUAAUCGUACGGACAGCACUUCAUCUGUCAUAUCAACAGACAGUAAAGAGGAAACAUCUCCGAAAAAGAAAGGUACUGGAAAGAAGGACGACAUAGAACUUGAUCCAGAAGUAGAAGCAAAGCUGGCUCUGUUAAUACAGCCCAAGCUUUGUAAACUUUGUAACUUAGCUAUGAAUAAUGGUCUACAAGCAGAUCAACAUUAUGACGGAAAAAAUCACGCGAAAAAGGUACGCCUCUUCCGACAGUCAGCUGCUCUGGAAGUGACACUAAAAAAACUGGAAAAGGAAGGGAGUAUUGUCACAGGAAAGACAGUAGUUUUAAUGGAAGAGGAUGUGCCAAAUGAAAACGGAAAGAAGAAAGAAGGGCAGGCGGAUGACAAGAAGGAAAAGAUGGAAAGCAAAAGGUGCAAAGAUGAUAUAGAGAGGCUGGCUGGAGCAUCGGAGGAAAUCUAUUGUAAGGUCUGUGAUGUUUCCUUCAACUCUCCAAAGCAGGCUAUGCAGCACUACGAGGGUAAAAACCAUCACAAGAAAGUGCGCAUGUCCACGCAGGCACGUGAUGUCACAGAAUCUCAAAAGGACCAUGUCACUGUAGACGGCACAGUGUUCGAAUGUAAACUCUGUUCAGUCCAUGUUACCUGUCAAGAACAACUCAAUGCACAUCUAGACGGGGCCAAACACAAAUCCAAGUUAAAAUCUCAGGAGCGUGGUGACUGGGCAAGUGGCCGUGCUGGUUUUGGCCACAGAGGCAGAGGAAGAGGUGUAGGAUUCAAUGGCUGUCCAGGCUUCCAAGAUGGUGCUGGUUACAAACGAGGCUAUCCAUUCCCCGGGGACGAUACUGACUCCGGACAACCAAAACGACACCGCGACUUUCAAAAUUACCGCACACCAAGUGGUAAAUUCUACUGCAAGGUGUGCAAUGUCACAAUGAGUGGUGACAGACAAUUCGCAAUGCACAUGGACAGCAAAAAACACAAGACAAAUAAUUCUUCAUUUAAACAUAUACCGGACGGUGAACAGGAGGUUUCAUAG